AGCGCGGACGCGAGCGAGCCACGGCUAGACUUCGAUUAGUAUUUUAGACUCAUAAUGCACAUUUCUCUGGAGCUGAUGUUUUCCUAACACUUUCGGCUUGGCCUAAAAAGCUGGAAUGUUUUAAAGGGUUAAAAACCCUCUUGGAUUUGAAGUUAAUUUAAAUUAAUUGAAGGAAAUACUUCUGGCUUCACCAAAGAAAUAACUGGAAUUAUGGAUCAGAACAACAGCUUGCCACCUUAUGCUCAAGGCUUAGCCUCCCCUCAGGGUGCAAUGACUCCAGGAAUUCCAAUUUUUAGCCCAAUGAUGCCAUAUGGCACAGGACUGACACCACAGCCUGUCCAGAGCACCAACAGUCUGUCCAUCCUAGAGGAACAGCAGCGGCAGCAGCAGCAGCAACAAGCAGCGCAGCAAUCUACGUCACAGCAAGCGACACAGGGAACAUCUGGUCAAACUCCCCAGCUCUUCCACUCACAGACUCUUACCACAGCCCCUUUGCCGGGAACCACACCUCUGUACCCCUCUCCAAUGACUCCAAUGACUCCGAUAACUCCUGCAACACCAGCGUCCGAGAGCUCUGGGAUAGUGCCACAGCUACAGAAUAUUGUGUCCACGGUGAAUCUUGGUUGCAAACUUGACCUAAAAACUAUUGCGCUUCGUGCCCGAAAUGCUGAAUAUAAUCCCAAGCGUUUUGCUGCUGUUAUUAUGAGAAUAAGAGAACCACGUACUACUGCACUUAUAUUCAGCUCUGGAAAAAUGGUGUGCACAGGAGCAAAAAGUGAGGAGCAAUCCAGACUGGCAGCAAGGAAGUAUGCAAGAGUUGUUCAGAAACUGGGUUUUCCUGCAAAAUUUUUGGAUUUUAAAAUUCAGAACAUGGUGGGCAGCUGUGAUGUGAAAUUUCCCAUCAGAUUAGAAGGACUGGUACUCACACACCAGCAGUUCAGCAUCUACGAGCCAGAAUUGUUUCCUGGCUUAAUCUACAGAAUGAUCAAGCCCAGAAUUGUUCUACUUAUUUUUGUUUCUGGAAAAGUGGUUUUAACUGGUGCUAAAGUACGAGCAGAAAUCUAUGAAGCGUUUGAGAACAUCUAUCCUAUUUUAAAGGGAUUCAGAAAGACAACGUAACGGUUUCUACAUCUUUCAGAGAAAUCGGGGGGUAUAUUUUAAAAGGUAUUGCGUAUGGCAUAGCAGUGACAAGAGAUGGACUUCAACGAAACUGCAACACCAGGACUUGGACUAUUUCCCAGUUAGUGCCUACUUCCCUGAUGCUCGAGGGGAACUGUAUUAUUGAUUAUGUCUACUGAGUUACUGUGAGUUGCUUUACUGGGCUGUUCCUGGAGCAGUCCCUCCAAGUUUUAUUUAUGAAUAUAAAUAAAAAAUUCUAGCUCUUAAAUAGUUUUAAUGCCAGUUCUAUUAAUAGAAAAUCCAUAAGUUGGUUUAAAAGACAAAUGCAGCUGUGUCACUCUGUAUAAACCACUUAAAUUGCCAUGUAUAUAUGUUUUAACUUCCAUAAGACCAUGGUUUUUAUAGUUUUCAGAAGUUCAGCUUUUAAAUUUUUUCAAUUUUAAAUUUCUUUGGUGCCAGACACAUUCCCUCUUUCCAGUAUUAAGCAAGACAGAAUAAAUUUAUUAAUGAAAAUGGCUCACUGUACAUAUAUAUAUAAUAUAUACCUUCCUUCUCUUUCCUCCUUCAGCUCCACAUGUACAAUAAACCCUGUUUAUACAA